UCGCUCCGACUGCGUGGGUCAGUGUGUGUGUUUACAUGGAGUGUGUGUGUCCCCGUGUGAAAUGAAAAUGUAUGACUGUUGUGUUUUGUUUCCUAGCUCCCGUUUCGCACCCUAAGCACCAGUUAGGCUACUCCGCCGGUGUAUGUCUUUGGGGGAGACGGGGGAGUUGAUGGCUAUUUUCGCUGACCAGGUUGUAAUAGCUGUGGCGAGGUAGAAUGUAAAGAGACAACUAAUACAAUGAAUGUUGAUUGUUAGCCUAUUUUUUCCCAGCCAGCUUUCCAAAAUGUAGUAAAAGUUUUCUUGACAGUUUGCAUUAUGAAUAAAGUAGUGAAUUGUUUGGAAGGGGAAUUGCUAAACCCUCAGCGCCAUCAAGCAGCUAUAUAGCUACCCACUGUAUGUUAGCCAACACUGAAUAUAUUAUCUAACAUUGCCUAUAUGUGGCAACAUGUUUUGCAUUUCUGCAGGCGUGUCUCUUGUGAGAUAUAAAAGCUAGUUUGUUGGAUUAACCUAAAUAUCUUUCUACUGUAGACCCUGGAUUGUUACCUGCCUAUUUGGCGAAUAGCCUACCAGUUGCAAUUAAUGUAUUGUCCGACUCUGGAGCGUUAGCUCAAGAGCAAACACUGUGGCUCCGUUUAUGUUACAUUAUGUUUAUUUAUGUGCCCUCCUCCUGGGAGACGCUCAAUGCGUUCAUUCUGGCAAUCGCUUCCACGCAGUAGCGCAAGCCGGUUUGGGUUGCCAAAUAUUCAAAUGGUGCAACUUUUCCCGAGUCGGAGUAAAACGACUUAACGGAACCGAACGAGAAAAGGAACUCACUUUAAGUAUUGUACUUUGAGUAACAAUGAGCUCUAAAACAUAUGUGUGGCUAUAUGUCAACAAGAACAGGUUGCAUACGUCGGGUGAAUUAUCUUCUUAAAAGGUUAUACACGCAUGGCAGUAUAUUACGGGAACCGAUUUACUAUCUUGCUAAUUAUAGGCUUGUUUUUAUGCGACUAUAUGAAUUAUAAACUAAACGAAGUAAUAUGCUGAUCCAAUUAUGGAAGAAAAUUAUGGAUAAAAAGUCUCACAUAAACGAAAUACUUUUAAGUUUUAAAACGGAGCUAUAAAAUGAUUUAGUAGUCCAUUAUAGUAUAAUGUAAUGUUAUGUAAAAAAAAAUAUUGCUCGCAAGGUCUAUAUCUAUGAUAGUCUCUAUUUGUCAUUAUUUUACUAUUUUCUUUUUUUUUUUAAUCAGUUGUGCAGGGGGUGCGCAAUGAAUGGCGGUUGUGGUGAAGUCACUGAACCAGAAAGAAGUGGGAAACAAUAUCAGCUGCGUGGAUCUGUCAGUUGCAAAUGUGCCGGGCUGGCCUUUGUUUAUGGCUACUGGAAGGAACGCAGCCAAAAGAAGGGGGGGAAAGAAAGAAAAAAAACUUGAGGGCAUUUAAAUUCUCUGUGCAGGAAACUAGGUUAGAGAAAAGUGUCAGUUUUCACACAGACCUAUAUUCUAAAGUUGUGUACUUGGAGAUUAGAAAUAAAGGGGGCAGGGGGAGGGAGUGGGCAGUUUCACACAGAAACACCAAAGUGCAUUUCCCCCUGUUUUUUAUGCGUUUUAAAUGGAGAGAAGUGGAAACAAAGUUGUGUGGAGGAGAGAGGCUGGUGGCACGAUUGUAGAAGAGCAGCAUAUGGCUGUAAAAGGAGCACAGCUGGAGGUAGCAUUUCCAUCUGAACAUGAUGUCAGAGCAGCUGACAGGCUGCCAUCCCCCUGCCUUUUAUUCUAACACUGAGGCUGGGAGUCAGUGUGUGUGGAUCUGCGUGCGGGAGAACGUAUCCACUUCCCCUCUAACAUCUCCUCCACUCUGCAUCUGUCUCUCGCACCUCUCUUUCCCCCGCCCACCCUCAUCGAUUCAGCGAAGGAGUGCAGCCGGCCGGGCUACUCGGCUAGAGGACUUAAUCAAGUUGAUGCAUACUACAGGUUAUGUAGACAGCAUGGAGUUUCCGGACCACAGCAGACAUUUGCUCCAGUGUCUGAGGGAGCAGAGGCACCAGGGCUUCCUGUGCGAUUCCACGGUGCUGGUGGGCGACGCCCAGUUCCGCGCCCACCGCGCCGUGCUGGCCUCCUGCAGCAUGUACUUCCACCUCUUCUACAAGGACCAGCUGGACAAGCGGGACGUGGUGCAGCUCAACAGCGAUAUCGUGACGGCGCCCGCCUUCGCCCUCCUGCUGGAGUUCAUGUACGAGGGCCGGCUGCAGUUCAAGGCGUUGCCGGUGGAGGACGUGCUGGCGGCCGCCAGCUACCUGCACAUGUACGACAUCGUCAAGGUGUGCAAAAAGCGGCUGAAGCGGAAGGCGGUGGCCGAGGCAAGCAGGGUUGGGGGCGGGACGGGCCGACAGGGGGAGGAGGAUAUCUCUAGCUGCUCGGAAAAAGCGGACAGCCUGUCGGAGGGGAGUGCAGGCCACCCUGCUGCCGACCUGCUGCCCAGCGACGACGACGACCCUGACGCCAAGCGGGGCCCACUCCCGCUCCCUGACCCCGCCGGCCUGUGGCUACGGCUGCCCUGUGACCCGCCGCCGGCCCCUGGGAGCAGGGGCAGCGUGGGGGAGGCCGAGGCUGGGAAGCCGUCUCCGGCCGGCAGCCCCUGCAGUUCUGCUGGCUCCCUGUCCCGCAGGUCCGCUGCCUCCCGCAGGGUCUCCUCAGACGCCGACUGCGUGCUGGACCUGUCCGUCAAAUCCGGCCUAACGGGGGGCCCCGGGGAACCCAUUCCCAGCAACCCCUUUUUCUGUGGCUCGACCACGGCCGCACCCGUGCCUGACCUGGUGCAGGUGAAGGUGGAGAGAGAAACAGCAUCUGAUGAGGAGGACCUGGCAGGCCGGGACUACGACCACAUGGACCACAGCGGCCCCAAAGAGGCCGUGCCCAGCACUAAUGGCGGGGUCCCUCGGCGGCUGGGCUACGAGGCGCACCUGGCUGCUCUGUCAGGAGAGUUGGAGCGCGAGGAGAAGGCCAGCGAGGAUGAGGAGAUGCUGAGCCCGGAGAGCGACCGCGCCCAAACCGAGCCGCCAGGGCUGGACGGCGCCCUGCUCCCCUACGUUUCUAACAUGCUCACCAGCGCCCCUCACGGGCAGAUCUUCAUGUGCCCGCUCUGCAGCAAGGUCUUCCCCAGUCCGCACGUCCUGCAGAUCCACCUCAGCUCGCACUUCCGCGAGCAGGAGGGCACCCGCGCCAAGCCGGCCGGCGACGUCAACGUGCCCACCUGCUCCAUCUGCAGCAAAACCUUCUCCUGCAUGUACACGCUCAAGCGGCACGAGCGGACUCACUCCGGGGAGAAACCCUACACCUGCACCACCUGCGGCAAGAGCUUCCAGUACUCUCACAACCUGAGCCGGCACGCCGUGGUGCACACCCGCGAGAAGCCGCACGCCUGCAAGUGGUGCGAGCGCCGCUUCACGCAGUCCGGGGACCUCUACCGCCACAUCCGCAAGUUCCACUGCGAGCUGGUCAACUCUCUGUCCGUAAAGAGCGAGGGCACCCUCAGCCUGCCCAACGUCAGGGACUGGGCGCUGGAGGACAGCUCGCAGGAGCUCUGGAAAUGAGCCGCCACUAUUACCAGAACUCCUUUUCACUUCUGAAGAAAUAUCUGUGACAUUGUCGGGCACUGAGGUAAGGGUCGUGGGUGGGUAAGGGUGGUCUAAAUCAGUCAUGUUUCUUGUCAUUUUGUUUCAUUGCUAAACUGCACUUUAGUAGCACGUGAAAAUGUUACUGCUGAUUUAUCAUUAGUAUUUUUGUUCUUGUCAUUUAGUUUUUUAAACGUCAGUAAAGUCCUCACGGUGAAACAUGAGGAAAUAUUUUUUCCAGUAAUGUUUACACAAGAGCUUAGUUUUGGGUGACCGUUUUGUAUGUGACGUCAUUACAUACAUUUAAGAACAUAUUCUGCCCUCUUGAAGUGCGAGUGUGUGCACAGCAGCAGGCUGUUUGCACUCGCUGUAGGUGAGAACACCUACUCUCCCUUUCUUUACACCAUGAUUGCAAGAAGAACAUUUUAGAAAUAGGGUAUGAAAGUACACUAAACGGGUAUGGUCAACAUUAAAUUCACAGCAGUACACAUACGCGCAUACGUGUACGUAUCUGUAUAGAGCACUGCUGUAGUCUCAUGUCUUCAUCUUCAUUAUUUCUGCUCUUGUGCAUUUUUAUUAGUUGUGAUGGGGAAACUUGACUGAUGAAAGACAAAAAAUGGCAUCUCAUGCAAUGUACAGCUUCCUUUUUCAAAUUAAUUGAACAUCUUUUUUAACCUUUAUUAUAAUUAAUAAUUCACAUUUUUUGUAAGCCGUAACUGCAGUCAUGAAACAUUCAUUAUUGAAGUAAAAUAUUUUGAUUUCUCUGGUGUUUGAGGAGAUCUUUAUGAAAAGGGAUCUGUUGUUGCAUGAAUUCCACCUGUACAUUUACAAUGUGAAUUGCUGUAUUGCUGUAAAUUGUAACCGAUGAAUAAAAUGCAGGCUGUGCUGAUCUCAUCGGUUAAGUCUCUUAAAAGAAGUAAAUAUUACAGCUAUGGAAAUGCAUGAAUUUGAUUUAAGACUUUCAGUUGUUUUUGCAUUUGGAGAGUGUUUUAAAUUAGCCCAGUCAUUGGAUUCCUGAGUAGUUUUUUUCUCUCCUGUCUGUCAUUAGGGAGCUUCUUUACAGUUUUCUGUGGGGUUGCAGACCUUGUUUAACUGCACUGAUAAGUCUCAGUUUGCCUUGUGUGGGACGGACACGGCAAUGGUGAUAUGGCCAUCCUAGGACUUACACACAGUGGUCGGCUGUGAGUUUGUGGGUAGCGAGCGCUGCUUAUAUGUCCAAACACGAUUCACUUAUUUCUUCCUGUUUGGUAAUUAUUUCUUGUAUUUAAGAAAACAAUUCUGCUUUGUCAGUAAUUUAUUUAUUUAUAUUUUCAUUCAGCACUUGCUAUAAACUUGAAAUGCUGAGAUCUCACCUGCUCAUGUCGAAGUUCUCCUGACUUAAUUUUCUUAAGGAAAGAGAGGAAGUCUGUAAUUGGCACUACCCUUAAAUCUGUCUGCGUUAGUCUCCAGCCUGUGUGUGUACGCGUAUGUUUCAGUUUUAGACACACAAACGCACAGACGUUUACAUGCUAUUUAUUUUCCAAUAUUUUAUUUUCCAAAUCGGAAAUAAAUAUUUUGAAACUACAAAGUAGGCCAAGAAAUAAUUUAGAAUAUAUUUCCUUGACCCCCCAACUUUCAUAUUUUUAUAAACGUUAAAUAGAAUUGAAAACUCCCUUCAGUUACAUGUUACUUGCAGCCAUUGUGCAGAAGUAGAGCCCUGAUAUUUACUCGAAUAUGACUCGGACUGGAGCGAUGAAACGCUGAAUGACUAAUGCUAACCUGACGGAAAGGUCCAUACAAAGCAUCAAGGCUGGGGUCCCGCCUCUGGCACAGGGUUUGGGGGUGUGAUGGAGGUGCAGGACCGGUGGGGGGGACACAUUGUGCUUUGCAGAGGGUCCCCAUGGUGAUGGCGUUUUGCACAGUGAUCAUUUCCCCUUUUUUUGCACUCAUAAUCUGUGUGGGAUUAUCAUGGAGAAAUAUAUCAUCUGUGUUUUUUUUUUCUAAUUGUAUUUUUAUGCGAAUUUUCUUAAUGUACUUGACCGCCUUAAACUACUGUAAAUGGCUUGUUUUUUUUGUUGAAGGUUAUUACUGGAAAACUGAAAUGAUGUAUUAUUAUUGGACUGUUUAUUUCAUAUUUUUCUUGAUAAAAAAGGCUGUGAAAAAUUAUCUGUUAAGCAUCUCCAUAUAUCUGUGGUUUUACUUGAAAAAUGAAAAUGUUCAGAUAUUCUGGAGACUGUGCUAUGAGACUGGAGUAAAUACUAAAUCUGUCUGAACAGGACAAUCACUGUCUGAAGAGCAGAUUGAAUCGACUCUUACAUUUCAUUUGUUGUCCCCCUGAGACUUUUCUUUGAAUUUUUAUUUUAGUUUUAUUUUAGACAUUUAGCUUUGACAAUCAUAGUAUGUUUUAUUUCUCAAGGGGUGGAAAUUCUGAGGCUAUCUAGUUUUGUACUUUUUUGGUGUGCUGUUGGUGAAAUUUUUAAAUUGUGUGCGAACUGCAAUAAAUUAUAAGAACCUGAAAA